AUGGUCAUUGAGACUAUUGAGAAGGUAGUUGAAAAUCUUGGUGCAUCUGAUAUUGAUUCUCGACUAGAAGAGCUGUUAAUUGAUGGUAUCCUUUAUGCCUUCCAAGAGCAAACCAGUGACGAUGCCAAUGUGAUGCUUAACGGAUUUGGUGCUGUUGUAAAUGCCCUUGGCCAAAGAGUUAAGCCAUACCUUCCUCAGAUUUGUGGUACUAUAAAAUGGCGACUGAACAACAAGAGUUCCAAAGUGAGACAGCAAGCUGUAGAUCCGAUAUCCAAAAUUGCAGUAGUUAUGAAGCAGUGUAGGGAAGAACAACUAAUGGGCCAUCUUGGUGUUGUCUUGUACGAGUACUUGGGAGAAGAAUACCCAGAGGUUUUAGGAUCUAUACUGGGGGCUCUCAAGGCUAUUGUGAAUGUUAUUGAUCAUGGUGCUGAAUUUGUUCCUGCAAGGGAGUGGAUGAGAAUUUGUUUUGAGCUUCUUGAGAUGCUUAAAGCGCACAAGAAAGGUAUCCGCCGAGCAACAAUGAACACAUUUGGGUAUAUUGCUAAAGCCAUUGAACCUCAGGAUGUGCUCGCAACAUUGUUGAACAAUCUUAAGGUGCAGGAACGUCAGAAUCGUAUCUGUACGACUGUCGCAAUUGCUAUUGUUGCAGAAACCUGUUCUCCCUUUACAGUCUUGCCUGCCUUGAUGAAUGAAUAUCGUGUGCCUGAGCUUAAUGUCCAGAAUGGUGUCUUGAAAUCCCUCUCCAUCCUUUUCGAGUACAUCGGAGAAAUGGGCAAACUUCACAAUUCAGGAGAAAAGGAGAUUAUCUAUUCAAAGAGAGAGACGGGUAAAUGGGAAUGGGUAACAGGGCAUUGGGUUAAUCGGGUUAUCCUAAAUGGGGCGGGUCCUUGGGUUAAAAAUAAGAAAUAG